UUUCCACGUGGUGUUUGUUUUGUUGUUGGCCCUACUCGAGCAUGUUAUGGUUCCAAAUCGUGUUGGCCAAUAACAGAGCGGAUACCUUGAGAUUGAUAUUUAUAAGUUCCGCCCACAUGGGCAGUCAAAAUUCCUGCAAGUCUGUCGCAUCAACCUACUACAAACGACAUUGAGAUUAAAAUAAUGGAGGACAUAGCUAAAGAAGAAACCCUUCAGCUUAGGAAUAGACAUGUCGGAGGGGCGUGUAAGUUGUUUUUUGCGUCGGAUCCCCUGAAGAUUGUGCGUGCCUCUGGUCAGUACAUGUAUGACGAGCAGGGCCAGCAGUACCUCGAUUGUAUCAACAAUGUGUGUCAUGUUGGACAUUGCCAUCCGGAUGUGGUAGAGGCUGGGUACAAACAGAUGCAGGUUCUCAACACAAACUCCCGCUACCUACAUGACACCCUUGUUCUCCUAGCAAAGCGACUCACAGAGACCAUGCCUGGCAAAUUAUCUGUUGUGUACUUUGUUAACUCAGGGUCAGAGGCAAAUGAUCUGGCCAUCCGGUUGGCCAAACAUCACACAAGAGGAACAGAAAUGCUGACCCUUGACCACGCUUACCAUGGCCAUGUUGUUUCUGCAUUGGAGGUCAGUCCAUACAAGCUAAGACAACAGGUUGAUGAUUCUCAUCCCCCUCCUGACCAUGUACACUGGGUCUCAUGUCCAGAUGUGUACAGAGGCAAAUACCGCGACAGGGACUACCCUGGGCAAGACAUUGGGCAGCUGUAUGCCAAUGAUGUCCGCGAUGUCAUACACAAGAUUAAGCAAGAUGGCAAGAAUGUCUCCUUCUUCAUUGCUGAGUCCAUGCAGAGUUGUGGUGGGCAGAUCAUCCUACCUCAAGGCUACCUCCAGUCUGUUUACAAGUAUGUGAGAGAGGCUGGCGGAGUCUGUAUAGCUGAUGAGGUCCAAGUGGGAUUUGGCAGAGUAGGAAGUCACUUCUGGGCCUUCCAACCUCAAGGUGUUGAACCAGAUAUUGUUACGUUAGGGAAACCAAUGGGUAAUGGUCACCCAGUGGCUGCAGUAGUCACCACACAAGCGAUAUCAGACAGCUUUAGGGACAGUGGCAUGGAGUACUUCAACACAUAUGGUGGUAACCCGGUGUCGUGUUCCAUUGCCAUGGCUGUACUAGAUGUAAUAGAGAAGGAACACCUGAGACAGAAUGCUCUGGAUGUUGGUCAAUACUGGAAGGCCAAGGUUACAGAACUAAUGAGCCAGUUUGACAUAAUCGGACAAGUCAGGGGUCAAGGUCUUUUCCUUGGUAUUGACCUUGUUAAGGACAGGGAGACUCGAGAGCCAGCUACUGAGGAGGCAAACACGGUUAUAACAAGGAUGAAGGAGGAGCACAUUCUACUCAGUACAGAUGGCCCCUACAGUAACGUCAUCAAGACCAAGCCGCCGAUGUGUUUCAGUAAGAACAAUGUUGACCACUUUAUGGAGAAGUUGACCGUGAUACUAACAGAGGUCACCACACAGAGAACGAACACAAAUGUAAACUCCUCACAGGGAGUCUCUAACGGUCUCACUGGAGGUAACACAGACGUUAUCAACAAGGACGACGGCGACAUCAACAAGAACAUCUGUACUGGCCGAAAAUCUAUGAAGGUGCACUAGUCUUACACAUACUUCCAUACUUAAUGAUGCAGCAUGAUAAAGUAACAUACUACGUGAUGUUUUUGUAUGACCUUUCUCCGGUUGUUGGUCAGUUAGCACUGAAAUGGACUGGACUAAGUGCCUCGUACAUCUCUGGUUACAAGCCCAUAUUAUAUAGUCUCUUUUGGCUCCGUGAUCUACUGACUGAGGUUCAUUUUUGUCAUCAUCCAUGGUCCAUAUAGCUAUGUGAACAUUCAGGUGAACACUUUUCACAGCAAUAUGGCCUAUUCUACAUAAUCUUUUAUUACUCAAAACAUUCAACAUGAGUUUAAAUUUUGCCCGCAGAGUUGUAUUGUAAAAUUAGAUUUCAGAAUGUUCUAGUAUAUUAUCAAAUCUAUUUUUAAAUUAUUUAAUUGAUUGAUUUAAAAUAUCCUGUUUAUGUUUGUGUUAUAGCUAGCCUUUCACAAUUUCUACAAUGAUCAGUUUUAAUGAUCGUGUUUUACUUUGCAUGAAUUUGAAUGAAAUGAUUGAAUCUAAUUCACUAUUUUUGAUUCUAUCAAAAUUUUAAUUGCAUUAUCAGAACUGCUUUUACCCAUAGAAUAUAUUUUGUAGAGAAUGUAGAUGCAUGUUUUUGUUAUAUUUACAUGAUCAUUUAAUUUCACAAUUAGAAUGUCAUUCCUUAAUAGUUUCCAAAGACUUAAAGUAUUAGAUUGAUAGCUUUAGUUGUAGUAUAGCAAUAGCUUAGGACUUGAAUGCCAGCGGUUUUCAUUUACUUUAAUGUUACAAAGUUUUAAUUUUAAUUAUUUACUGAUAUCAGUUUAAUAGUUAUAUAGAUUUUCUUUAGUUAUUGGUAUCUGUGUUAAAAUAGUUAUUGAUUACUCUAAUGGUAUCUGAUAAACUAUCUAAUAUGUAGUUAUUAAUGAGAGGAUAUUGAUGUUUUUAUAUUCCUCUCCCCAAAGGGGAUCAAUACUGGAAUCGGUUGUUUGUCUAUACGUCUGUACGUUUGUACGUCUGUCUGUCUGUAGACAAAAUCUUGUCUGGACAACUUCUACAGUUUUCAGCUGAAUUUCAUGAAACUUUGCUGAUGUAAUCAACACACUCUGAAGUUGUUUAGUUGUGAUUACGGCAUUUAAAUUUGUAUGGGAGUUAUGACCCUUUUUACAAAAGUUGGUCAACACCAUCUCGUUUGCACAACUUCUACAGUUUUAUGCUAAAUUUCAUGAAACUUCACUGAUACAGUCAACCCCACUCUGAAAUAAUGGGGGUAUAAUUUUUAGUUUUAGUAUAUACAGCAAUAGGGCAAAUUUUGUUGUGAAAUAUCUGUUGUCUCUGUCAUGUAUGUCAUUUUAUGUGUACUUUUGUGAAGCUCUAACACAGUAGUUUUCUACUGGAAAGUCAGCAUUGCUAGGCAUGUCUACAUUCAGGGAACUUAUACAGACAUGUAUUAUAUAAAGUGGAAAUUCUGCGCAUAAACUACCGUAUAUAUCCUGUAAUAAGCCCAGGAGGCCAACAAGUAAUCUCACUCAAAGGGAUGAGCUUAUAACAGGACAACGAAAUAGCCUUUGUUUUUAUUAAACUACAAUGGAUAUGUAUAGGCUUAAUACCUGGCAUGGGUGUAUUGCCGGAUAAAUACGGUAUCUCAUUAUGUGACAGCACCAACACAAACAUUAUCAUGUGUAUGUACUUAAUUCAAAAUAAUUUGCAAUGCAAAUAAUCACAGCCUUCUAUUUAUACGUGAUUAUCUUAUUUUAAAAGAAAAUUGCAGUGACAGAAGACAUUUUUUUGUAGGGACUGUCAACAGUAUGCUGGUUUAAAGGGCCCAGUGUGUAAUCUGUUGGUUUAAAUGGCCCAGUGUGUGAUCUGCUGGUUUACAUGCGGUAUAUGCUCAAAAGAUUAUGCCAAAAUGCAUUUUUUUUUUUAAAUAAACAUGUUCAAACCAUAGUUUUAAAGUCAAUUUCAAGAGAGAGAAUAUAGUCAAAAAUAAUUUUCAUGGAACUUUCCUGUAAAUUUCUCACAAUAUGUAGCACAUCCUUAAGAAAUUGUCCAGAUCAAAGGAGCUUAUAAAUUUAAAUCAUGUGGCAAUUUGUUUUUCUGUUUACCUGGGCAUCCAAUCUGGGUAGGUAAUUAGAUUUUAAUUUGUGGCAGGUUUGGCAGUAAACUUCAGAUACUCAGGUGAUAUAAUUAGUUUAUUACAAAUCAGACUUUUGAUAUGUUAUGUGAGCAAUACAUUUCCUUUGUGCCUACAGAAUGCCACAUGUGUUCUUACAUAAUAAAUGAUAUCACUAGUUACAUGUCUACACAUACCCUACAGAUUCAAUAUACCAUACUAUCAUCACUUUGAGGCUACCACGCUUGAUCUGCAAAAACCACCUGCACAGUAUUCAACUCAACCCUGUUUUAAGCUCAAUAUAGAAAAUAUUGAAAAUGAGGGUAAUUUAUGGUAAAAUCUGUAAAUACAGUAAUAAGUUAAGUGCUUAUUUUACAUUGCAUCUAAAAACCAGGUAAUCUGGACAUUCCAUAAGUAAAAAGUGGUAGACAUAUUGUGAAAAGCAAAUGGUACCAACAAAAUCUUCCUUGUCUUGUCAGAAAAUUUGCUCAUUUGAUUGGUGCUAUAUUUGCCAAAAAAAUGUUUGGGUUAGAUAUGUAACUGUUUUCAGGGUGUUAUGUGUGUUUUCCUACCAAAGACAAGCUAUCUUUUAAAGGCCAUGAUAUUAUAGAUUAAUGCCUGAUUAUUAUAAUGCUGUGUAAUCCUCAGGUGGAGAGGAGAAAGAUUGUAACCAGGGAAAUGUUGUGAUAUUUACUAAGUAUUUAGAGUAUUAUUUUCGUUUGAUAUCUACUUAUCUACAGUAUUAAUCAGACACUACCUCUUUUCUGUAGUGUUAGUGUGAUAGCAAUAUAAAACAGACAUUCCUUAGGGAUUGUCUAGUGGAGACCAGGAUCACUCCUAGUAUAUACAGUAAAGACCUUACAGGAGAUAGGAUUGAUGGGAGACUAGGAUAACUCCUAGUAUUUACAGUAAAGACAUUACAGGGGAUAGGAUUGAUGGGAGACUAGGAUCACUCCUAGUAUUUACAGUAAAGACCUUACAGGGGAUAGGAUUGAUGGGAGACUAGGAUCACUCCUAGUAUAUACAGUAAAGACCUUACAGGGGAUAGGAUUGAUGGGAGACUAGGAUCACUCCUAGUAUAUACAGUAAAGACCUUACAGGGGAUAGGAUUGAUGGGAGACUAGGAUCACUCCUAGUAUAUACAGUAAAGACCUUACAGGGGAUAGGAUUGAUGGGAGACUAGGAUCACUCCUAGUAUAUACAGUAAAGACCUUACAGGGGAUAGGAUUGAUGGGAGACUAGGAUCACUCCUAGUAUAUACAGUAAAGACCUUACAGGGGAUAGGAUUGAUGGGAGACUAGGAUCACUCCUAGUAUAUACAGUAAAGACCUUACAGGGGAUAGGAUUGAUGGGAGACUAGGAUCACUCCUAGUAUAUACAGUAAAGACCUUACAGGGGAUAGGAUUGAUGGGAGACUAGGAUCACGCCUAGUAUAUACAGUAAAGACCUUACAGGGGAUAGGAUUGAUGGGAGACUAGGAUCAUGCCUAGUAUAUACAGUAAAGACCUUACAGGGGAUAGGAUUGAUGGGAGACCAGGAUCACUCCUAGUAUAUACAGUAAAGACCUUACAGGGGAUAGGAUUGAUGGGAGACCAGGAUCACUCCUAGUAUAUACAGUAAAGACCUUACAGGGGAUAGGAUUGAUGGGAGACCAGGAUCACUCCUAGUAUAUACAGUAAAGACCUUACAGGGGAUAGGAUUGAUGGGAGACCAGGAUCACUCCUAGUAUAUACAGUAAAGACCUUACAGGGGAUAGGAUUGAUGGGAGACUAGGAUCACUCCUAGUAUAUACAGUAAAGACCUUACAGGGUUUAGGAUUGAUGGGAGACCAGGAUCAUGCCUAGUAUAUACAGUAAAGACCUUACAGGGGAUAGGAUUGAUGGGAGACUAGGAUCACGCCUAGUAUUUACAGUAAAGACCUUACAGGGGAUAUGUUGAAUCUAGAAUACCUGGUAACUCCUUUACUUUUUGUAGAGACCACAUUUUUAACUUCAUUCGUAUGAAUGUUCUUUUGUGUGUACAGUUCUUAAAGUACAUACUAGCAUUUCUGAUCUGAUGGUGUGGCCAUGAUAAUUCAUUUACUAAAAGCUUACUGUUGUUUUGAAAAGGAAUCAUUAUUGAAUUUCCUCAAUUCCUAUUUUGAUGGUGGUUUUAAUUACUCUAUGAAAUUCAAUUAAAUGCUGUUUUGAUUGCUUUAACAGAAGUGAUCCAUUCUGUCACAAAAUACAAAGUCGACAGCAUUGUAAAGACAACUUGAAGUCUGUUUUCUCGAAUUUUAUGCAUUUAUAUUGUGUAACAUACAACUUGUUAAACAAGGAUUAAUAAAAACUUGUUGAAUUCA